AUGGGGCAGUCGCGAUCACCAAGCCUCGUUCUCUUUCCUGUUCUGGGAUUGUGUUGUGGAACCCUUUCCCCUGGCCGCCACCGGUUCAUUUCUGAGGGAUGGAACAAAAAUGCAGCAUGCCCUUCCUGUGUGGUGCAUGUUCAGUCCUUGACAAAUUUUUACCAAGAUGAAGCUACUUUAUUUAAAAGGAGGGUGAGAGGUGAGGAGGUCGGUUUGGGUGUGGAGGAAAGGGAAUGCUGCAUCUUUUUCCUGGGCUGCUGGGGCUCUGGCCUUGGCUUCCUUGCUCACGCGGCUCCCUGCCUGGCGGGCCGGCCAGAAGCAGUGCGCAUUGCCUUCUUUUCCCAUUGGGUCCAGCAAUGA